UAUAUAUAUACACAAAUAAAAUGUAUUUAUUAAAAUUAUUAUAUGAUAAAUAUAUUUAUUUUUUUGAAACAAACAGCGAUCCACGGAUGAAUGAUAAAUUUUUAAUGGGAAGUCCGAUACCAGUUCUUAUAUUUAUAUUUUUAUAUUUAAAAUUUGUUCUUGACUGGGGUCAAAAGUUUAUGAAAGAUCGUAAACCAUUUGAAGUAGAUAGAUUGAUAAUUUUAUACAAUAUUAUUCAAAUUGCUUGGAAUUUAGAAUUAUUUAUUAAGGCUUUUAGGUAUACAUAUGGACUUGGAGGAUAUAGUUUUACAUGUCAACCAGUUGAUACAUCAACAUCGGGUUCAGCAAUGAUAAUUGCAGAUGGUGUUCAUUCAUAUGUUCUAAUAAAAUUUUUCGAUUGUUUAGAUACAGUAUUUUUCGUUCUAAGGAAAAAAAAUAAACAAAUAACAUUUUUACAUGUUUAUCAUCAUGCUGGAGUAUUAGCUUUAGCCUGGUCAGCAUGUAAAGUCUAUCCAGGUGGUCAAACAGUUUUCACCGGAUUUUUAAAUACUUUCAUUCACGUUAUUAUGUAUUCAUAUUAUUUAUAUGCUGUUUUAAAUCCAAAUGAAAAGAAUAUUUGGUGGAAGAAAUAUUUAACACAAAUGCAAAUUGUUCAAUUCUUUUUAAUAUGUGCUUGUUUUACGGCAUUAAUAAUAGUACCAGAUUGCGGCUAUCCAAAAUGGGGAGCAAUUUUUGUAGUUCCUCAAAAUUUAUUUUUGAUGAUAAUGUUCACUGAUUUUUAUAUUAAAUCAUAUUAUAGAAGAAAAACGAAUUAA